GUAGGACCGCGGAGUAACAGUUUGAAGAUUAUCGAUUGUGUUUUACAUUUCCUGUUGCAGAAAUUUUCAUCAAAUGCUUUCGAGGAUUAGGAUUUCCCUUAAUUCAUCUCAUAAUUAUUUCGUAUUUCUACAGAACUAUCACUGCAAUCAUCAUUCACUAGCCCCUAACCUUGUUCAAGAUUAUGCUAAUCUUUUAAAUUCUUGCAUUCUUGGCAAAUCGAUUCAGCCAGGAAGGCAGCUCCAUGCUCGUUUGUGCAUUGCUGGGCUUGGCUAUAAUACCUUAUUGGCCACGAAACUAGUCAAUCUUUACUGUGUUUGUGGCCAUGUCAGUGUUGCACACAAACUGUUUGCUAAAAUUCCCAAAGGAAAUCUUUUUCUUUGGAAUGUUUUGAUUCGAGGGUACGCGUGGAAUGGUCCUUAUGAAGUUGCCAUCUCUUUGUAUUUCCAACUGCUCAAGCACGGGCAUGUUCCGGACAACUUCACGUUUCCGUUCGUGCUCAAGGCCUGCUCCGCCCUCUCGGCUAUUGAUGUUGGGAGGGACAUUCAUGAGAAAGUGGUGGAGGCCGGGUGGGAAAGAGACGUGUUUGUCUGUGCAGCGCUCAUUGACAUGUAUGCAAAGGGUGGCCGUGUUGACAGUUCAAGGAAAGUGUUUGAUGGUGUUGCUCAGAGGGAUGUUGUGGUCUGGAAUUCAAUGCUGGCGGCUUAUUCAAAGAAUGGGUGUGCAGAUGAGUGCCUGUUGUUAUGCAGUGAGAUGGCUUAUGCGGGCGUGGGGCUUACGGACGCCACUCUAGUGACUUCCAUUUCAGCUUCUGCUGAUAUAGCUGCACUUCAACAAGGGAGGGAGCUUCACGGGUACAGCUUUAGACAGGGUUUUGGCUCUCAUGACAAGGUGAUGACUGCUCUUGUGGAUAUGUAUGCCAAGAGUGGUCAUGUCAAGCUUGCUAGGAUGUUAUUCGAAGCACUUUCAGAGAAAAGGGUUGUUUCUUGGAAUGCUAUGAUCACUGGAUAUGCGAUGCACGGCCAUGCUAAUGCAGCCCUCGAUAUGUUUGAGUGGAUGAUCCGUGGGGCCCACCCAGACCACAUUACUUUUGUCGGUGUUCUGUCGGCUUGUAACCAUGGAGGCAUGGUGGACGAGGCGAAGAUGUAUUUUGAACAGAUGACGAGGAACUACAGCAUUGAACCGACGGUUCAACACUAUACUUGCAUGGUUGAUCUCCUUGGUCACUGUGGUCGGUUGGAUGAAGCUUAUGGACUUAUAACCCAAAUGAAAGUUGCUCCAGAUUCUGGCGUCUGGGGUGCAUUGCUUAAUUCUUGCAAAAUCCAUGGAGAUGUGGAGUUAGCAGAACUUGCCUUGGAGAAGUUAGUUGAGCUCGAACCAAAUGAUGCUGGAAAUUAUGUGAUACUAUCAAACAUCUAUGCCCAAGCAGGUAGGUGGGAGGGAGUUGCAAAGCUAAGGAAACUCAUGACCGACAAAGGAUUAAAGAAAAGCAUGGCAUGUAGCUGGAUUGAAGUUAAAAGUAAAGUCCAUGCCUUUCUCUCUGGUGACACAUCUCAUCCAUUGUCCAAUGAGAUUUAUGCAGAACUUGAAAUAUUGGGAGCACGGAUGGUUCAGGCCGGUUACACUCCAAACACUUCACCUGUUUUCCAUGACGUGGAUGAUGAUGAGAAAACUAGAAUGGUUACCAGCCACAGUGAAAGGCUAGCGAUUGUGUUUGGGCUUAUUAGUACACCGCCAGGGACCAAACUCUUGAUUACUAAGAACGUACGGGUUUGUGAAGAUUGCCAUGUUGCAAUCAAAUUUAUUUCAAAAAUUACAGAGCGAGAAAUUACUAUCCGAGAUGUAAACCGCUAUCAUCAUUUCAAAGAUGGGAUCUGUUCAUGUCGUGAUUAUUGGAUGACAUCAUUUGUCGUGUUAUCCUGUGUGAUGGCUGCCAUGGGAGGUGUUAUAUUUGGUUAUGAUAUUGGAAUUUCAGGUGGAGUGACUUCAAUGGAACCUUUUCUGGAAAAGUUCUUCCAUGAUGUCUAUACUAAGAUGAAGAAAGACACUGAAGUAAGUAACUACUGCAAAUUUGACAGUCAACUAUUAACGUCCUUCACAUCCUCACUGUAUGUUGCCGGUCUGUUUGCUUCCUUGUUGGCCUCAUCAGUAACUGCCACCUUUGGACGAACACCAUCAAUCCUUAUGGGGGGGUUUUCUUUUCUAGCCGGAGCAGCCCUUGGUGGAGCGGCCUUGAACAUUUACAUGCUGAUUCUUGGCAGAGUUUUUCUUGGCAUUGGAGUCGGUUUUGCUAAUCAAGCAGUUCCACUGUAUCUGUCAGAAAUGGCACCAGCCAAGUAUAGAGGAGGAAUCAACAACGGGUUUCAGCUGAGUGUAAGCAUCGGGGUCUUAGUUGCAAGCCUGAUAAACUAUGGGACUGAAAAGAUCAGAGACGGUUGGGGAUGGAGACUCUCUCUAGGACUAGCUUCUGUUCCUGCAUUUAUCCUAACAUUAAGCGGUAUUUUCCUCCCUGAAACACCCAACAGCCUGAUUCAGCGUUUCCAAGAUCAUGGGAAAGCUAAGAGGAUGCUGGAGAGAAUUCGAGGUACGAACGAUGUGCAGGCUGAGCUGGAUGAUCUAAUUUCAGCUAGCGAGAUAUCCAAAACCGUCAAAACCCCUUUCAAGAACAUUCUACUGAGAAAAUACAGGCCUCAGCUGAUAAUGUCGAUCGCAAUCCCCUUCUUCCAACAAGUUACUGGAAUCAAUGUGAUGGGUUUCUACGCCCCAGUCAUUUUCAGAACAAUCGGCUUAGGAGAAAGUGCUUCACUCAUGUCAUCAGUCGUGACAGGAUCAGUUGGUAUCAUUACAACCUUUGCUUCAAUGAUGAUUGUCGACAAAGUAGGUCGAAGACCCCUUUUGAUCACUGGAGGAAUAGUAAUGUUUGUGACCCAAAUGGCGGUAGGAGCAGUGCUGGGUGCUAAGUUAGGGAACCACGGAGGGGUAAGCAAAGAUUGGGCGGUUGUGGUUUUGUUAUUGUUGUGUGGCUACGUUGCAGGCUUCGGGUUGUCAUGGGGACCUUUGGGAUGGCUGAUUCCAAGUGAGAUCUUUCAACUUGAGAUCAGAUCAGCAGGGCAAAGCAUCACAGUGUGUGUGAGUUUUCUAUUCACUUUCUUGGUUGGUCAAUCCCUUUUGGCCAUGCUUUGCCACUUCAGGUAUGGGAUUUUCUUCUUUUUUGGUGGUUGGGUUGCUGUUAUGACUGCCUUUGUGUACUUUUUGUUGCCUGAGACAAAAAAGAUGCCCAUUGAGAAAAUGGACAGGGUUUGGAGGGAGCAUUGGUUUUGGAAGAAAUUUGUUGAAGAAUCCAAGUAGUAGUAGUAGUAGUUGGACACUUGGACUCUACCUAUUGUCAUGAACCAUACUACAAUGACACCACGUUUGACACCAUAACGACACUGCCUCAACAGUCAACCAUUAUUGUCUGUGCGUGUAUAUCGUGAUAUCAAACUCUGGUGUCAAAAU